AAUCAAUAAGUCAUCAACAAGAUGCAGUGAUUCAUCAGUCUGACAUGGUGAAGUGACGACAUGAAGGUUUUGUGGUUUAACAAGAAAACUGGCUGCAACUAACAAGUUGCAGCAUCAGUUAAUUCACCACUUGCUUGCUUGAUUGAAUGAUUAUUGCUUGGAUCAAUAAAUUGCCACAAAAUAAUAAAAUGUCAGCAGUUUUUGCCUAAUAAACAACUUGAAUGAUAAAUCAGUUGCUAACUGAUGAAUCAUUUCAGCUCUAAAAACAGAAUUUAAGUAAUAAAGAGACGAAUGCGUCAUGUAAAGUCACAUAAAACAAAAAUAUCACAACUUCAGUUUUUCUUUCUGGGAAUCAAUGAAGACAUGGAGGUAUUUCAGCUCUUAUCUUUAGAAUCACAGAUUUUAAAUAAACUCUACAUGAAUCAGCAGGCUGAUUGAACUCUAGAGACUCCAACAGCAUCAGCAACAUUUAAACUGGUUAAAACGGGUUUCAGCCAAUCAGCGCUGCUGCGUUUGUGGUCAGUCCUCCUGUGGGACGUUUGGACUUCAGGUAUAAGACGGAGGGAGAGAGGAAGGAGUUCCUCCUGACGACCAGCUGAUGAGCCUCGGCAGGUAAGAACAUUCACUGUGUCUUAAAUAUUUAACCAACGAUUGACUGAUAUUAAAUUACUCAAAUUUCAAGUACAAUUUUCCGACAUUAUGUUUUUCUGCCUCAUUAAUAUUUUCAUGUUUUCAUUUUGGCUUCUCAUCAAUAUAAUUGUGUCGUUGUAAUUCUGAUUUUGUAUUAUCAUCACAGAUUUUUUAAAUUAUUCAUAUGUUUAUUAUUCAACUAUUUUCAGGUGACUGAUUUGAAAGUUUUUGUGAAUAAUAUGUAAUAAUCAAAUUUACUUCAGUAUUUUCACUUGAUGCUUCUGCUGCAUGAUUCCAGAGAGAAACUCUGUUGUUCUUCAUGUUGAUUCAGAUCUAUUUAGUUUGACUGACUAGUGAUGAAUUCAGUCGAUGUACUUUUUUCAUUCACUGCUAUAAUUUAAUUUACUUCACGUUUCUGCUUCGUGGUUUUGUCUUCACUCUGAAGCUGCUGUCUGUUGUUACCAGCAUGAUGUCUGACUGUCCUGUCGAGCGUUUAAUGGGAAUCAUCAGCUGAAGUGUUCAGUUUCACCGGCAGCUGCACAACAAAAGAUAGUUUAACAAAAGAAAUCAAGUGAAUCUGAGAGAGAAAGUAGGAUCAUAUAGUGUGUGUGACUGUGUGUGUUACCUGUAUGGAGUGAAAGUGAGCUGCAGUAUUUCAUUCUGACAGGUGUGUAACAUCUCGAUCCCAGUGAAAACAUUUGUGUUUCUUUGUGUAAUACUCAUUUUGACCACAAGGGGCUGAAGCACCACAAGCAUCCGUGUUCAUCCAGAGGAGUUUCGCUUUCUCUCUGCACCUGAAACACAUGAGCAGCUGUAGCUCUGCGGGUAGAGCAGGUUGGCUAGUGAUCCGAAGGUUGAUGGUUCAAAUCUCGGCUCCCGAGCAGGCGACAGGGUGUACCCUGCCUUUGCUCAGUGACAGCUGGGACUGGCUCCAGCAUCGACCCCUGAAAGUGUUUACAGAUGAUUAUUAUUAUUCAUGUUUUACUUUAGCAACACGAGGACGGUCCGUGUGUCCGUCAGCAUUACGUUCGAGUGCUGCUGCAGUAUUUCUGUGUUUACAGGGAACACUGACUCCUUCACCUUCACCUGCACAACUUGUGCGUGACAAUCAGUGGCGUCCGUCAGCCGGGGACACUGUGUAAAAAUGGAAGUUUGUUACGUGAACACUAUUUAUUUAUUCAUUGAGGUGUAGUUAUGUGAAUGCGGCCUGGAUUUGAGUUUUCGAGUCCACUGCAGCCACUUCACACUCAACAACUCCAUGAAAACUCAAAUCAUACUCAAUAUGCUCGCUCUUCAUUCUUUAAUGCUGUUUGAACUAAUCUUGGCUUUCUAGGAUCAGUCAGGCAGCGUCAGUCCGGCUCUGACUGAUGAAAUAUAGAUUGAAGCAACAAGUUACGACCACGACAGCAGCAACAGAACACCGACAUGGCCGAACACUGGCAGAGGUGAAGCCGGCGCCAUGUUGGACGCAUCGCUGGGCAACAACUUCUCCCACAACACCUUCGUGUUCAGAGGAUUUCCUGAGCUGCAGAAACACCGCCGGCUGCUGGCGCUGCCGUUCUCCGCCUCCUACCUGUCGGUGCUGCUGGGAAACUCCCUGGUGGUGUAUGUGAUCCGCAGCGUGGAGAGCCUGCACAGCCCCAUGUACCUCCUCAUCUGCGCACUGUGCAUCGUCGACAUUCUCAUGGUGACCGCCAUCGUCCCCAAGAUGCUCCUCAGCCUCCUGUUCGACAGGGAUGAGAUCUCAUUGGCUGGCUGCUUGACUCAGAUGUUUUUCACUCAUUUCCUGUCGUCAUUGGAGUCAACAUUGCUGUUGGCGAUGGCGCUGGACCGUUACGUUGCCAUCUGUCAGCCGCUGCGCUACACUGAAAUCAUUGGCUCCUCCAUGUUCGUGAAGCUGCUGCUCUUCACUCUAGUCCGCAGCGGCUCCAUCAUGGCCACACUGGUCGGUUUGGCAGGUUCACUGCAGUUCUGUGGCUCCAACACGAUCCAGCACUACUACUGUGACCACAUGGCUCUGGUCAGCCUGGCAUGCGACAGCACGGACAAAAGUAACGCGGCAGGCCUCGCUGUGAUCGUUUGCUUUGUGGGUGUUGACAUACCGCUCAUCUUCCUCUCCUACAUGAAGAUCCUGAGCGUCGUCCUGAAGGCAGCGGUGGCCGACGAGGACCGCUGGAAGGCAUUUCACACCUGCGGCACUCACCUUAUCGUCAUGAUGUGUUUCUACCUGGUGGGAAGUGUCACAUUUCUCUCUCACAACCUAAACCUCCCCAUACCGACAGACGUCAACACCUUCAUGGGACUCAUGUACAUUCUGUUCCCCGCAACAGUCAACCCCGUCAUCUACGGCGUUCGGACCAAAGAAAUUCGAAGCAGCUUUUUUAGGAUUUUUAAACACAGAAAGAAAAUGAUAAAGACGGUGAAAGUUUCUCCAGCUGGCAAACAACAAGCGUGAAGGUUUCCUGCUCAAGGUAACAUGGUGUGUCAUCCAAUGAGGUUCAGGUAUUGCCAUGACAUCAUGUUGGGUUUUAAUAUUUAUCAACAGUCGUGUUUCAUGCUGUCGAUCGUGUUUGAUGGGUGUGUUUUAGAUGUCAAACCUCAGCUGUUAGCUGGUAACAUCAGAAUAAUGCAGAUUUUCAUGUGAACAGGCUUCAGUUUCAGUUUCAGCACGAUGCUGUUUGUUGUAAGAAUAAGUUCAGCUCACAACAGCGUGUACAACAGUUCUCUGUUGUACACACGUCGACUAAAUGCAAGUUUGAUUCAUUUAAUUCUUCUUCUUUUGGGCCCAAAACUGUUUCAUUGGUGUCUGAAUUAAUACAU